GGCAACGAAAAGAAACGUGAGGAGAGAACGAGAAGUGUUGUUACGUUUUGUUUAUUUUAAUUAUUAAAUAAAUGACAAGUUAAUUUAUUACUGUAAUUAGUUUAAUUAAAAUAGAGUUUAGUAAUAAUAGAAUAAUUAAAAAUGUCAUUCGGAACAAGUUUUGGUACUGCGACGCCUGCAAGUCAACCGUCAUUUAACUUUGGCAGUCAAUCAACAACAGCAACUCCUGUAAAACCUACGGGCUUUGGAACGCCGUCAUUUGGCUUCAGCACACCAGCAACAACAGCGCCAAGUCUCUUCGGCACCCAAUCAAACUUCGGCGCCCAAAGUUUCGGUACUCCAUCAUCAAAUUUCGGUACCUCAACAUCCGCAACCACCAACACUUUUACCAGCACCGGUUCUACUUUCGGUUUCGGUACCCAAAACUCCACUUCCUUUGGUGCUCCAGUCUCAUCAAGCUUUGGCACCCCCGUGUCCUCCACCUUCGGCACAACAUCAAAUUUCGGGGCUCCAACUUCAACGUUCGGGGCACCAACAACUUCAAGCUUCGGUUUUGGCAACUUCAAUCCUACAACGACAACCCCAAGUCUCUUUGGUAAUUUUCCCACCACUAGCGCCCCCGCAUUCGGUAGCUCGUUCACUUCAUUCGCAAAACCCGCCACAACCUUCACCGGAUUCGGUCAGUCAACGCAGCCUGGUUUUGGCGCCCAAACUUCACUAGCUCCCGGUUUCGGUGGAACUUCACUCGGUUUCGGCACAUCAGCCCCUCAAGCUCAGCAACCAGCCACAGUCUCCGAGGCUCUUUAUAACGCGGUCUUCAACUGCCAGCUGUUUAAUGAUGAGCGUGACAACACAAUCGCCCGGUGGAACCUCAUCCAAGCUCUCUGGGGGACUGGGAAAGCCUACUACGCCACAGACAAGCCCCCCCUGGAGUUAAACCAAGAGAAUCUUCUCUGUCGGUUCAAGGCAAUUGGCUACAGUUGCAUGCCUACGACAGAUAACAAUGACGGGCUCGUUGUCCUGUGCUUUAACAAAAAAGAGAAUGACCUCAAAGAGUCCAAACCCCAGCUGAUUACAUCACUGACCGCCAUUUUGGGCAACAAACCCAACCUUACAAUUAAUGUGGACAAUGUUAAGGCUUCCGGUGACUCCAAGUGUCAAGUUACGAUCUGUGUUACUGAGAAAGGAGUCACCGGGUCAGUAAGAAAGAUUCCCGCCAACGAACUCGUAGGGUUUCUGAGUCAGCCCGUCCAGAAACAACAGCUGACUUCAUUUGGAGUCGAAAACAUGUUCGCGCAAGUAAAACUUGAUGCAGCUGCGCUCAAAGAGUAUUUAGAGAACCCGCCAUGCGCGAUAGACCCCAGGCUUUGGAAACAAGCUCAGCUAGACAACCCUAACCCCGAAACUUACAUUCCUGUGCCGAUGAUCGGGUUCCAGCAAGUGAAGUACCGACUCAAGUGCCAGGAAGAGGAGACUGCGAGGCAUCGGGCAUUCCUAGAUCAGGUCGCUGAGAAGAUACAGGAGUUACAGAGAGCCCACACUGCGACCCAGGCCCGGUUGAAGGAACAUCGACGCUCGUUGUUGGAACUUCAGCACCGCGUACUUCAGGUCUUGGUAAAACAGGAAAUAACUAGAAAAGUUGGGUUAAGUCUGCAACCGGAUGAGGAAGUACUGACUAAGAGAUUCGAGGCGAUGCAUGCGCAGAUCAGUGCGCCGACGCAGUUUAAGGGCAGGAUCAGCGAGAUGUUGAGUCAACUGAGGAUGCGCAGGCAUGUUGAUCUUCAAGGGCAGGAGAGGUACACUAUGGACCCCAUCGCCCAAGAUGACAUCAAAGCGUAUCUCAGUCUCGAGCAAGAUGGAAUGGCCCAACUGAUCGAUACCAUCAGCACAGAUCUCGAUAACCUGAAAGUAAUAAAAGACGGGAUGGCGGACCUUCUAACCGGAAGUACAGCCUGAUUCCUAUUUUUAAAAAAUUAAAAUAAAAAUUUGUAAUUUAAAAAAAUAAAUAAAUUUUCUUUUU